GUGACUGUCAAAUGUCAAUUUGAAAUCAAAAAUAUAAAAUUAAAAAAUUGUAAAUUGACACUUGACAGCCAAUGGACAAAUAUUUUGGAGCUGUUUCUUUUUAAAUUCAAAAUGGGUGGUUCUUCCAGCAAAUCUAGAAAAUUAACUGUCGAAAAUGAUGACCCCACAAGUGUAAUCAAAGUAUCUGAAAAUGUUGUGGAUCGCCUACGAGGAAAUCAAACGGUAAGACAAGAUUAUUCAGGUACCCAAGGAUCUGUGCCACAAGUACAAGGGGGCAUGGUUGCAGCAGCUCCAUUUUUCAUGAGUGAACCCAGUCUAACCAGUCUUCAACUUCGACAGGCAAACAUUGCAGAACUGAAGAAGAAUGAUGAAUAUUGGGAAAGAAGAAUCAAUGCUUUAGAACAAAGUCAUGGGAUUAUGAAUGAUGUCUUGAACCAGGAAUACAACAAGGCUGUUGAGGAGUUCAAGGUACAGAAGAACCAAGUAUCAGGAAUCAAGCUACCUGCAUGUAAAGAAUCAGAACAAGCAGUCAUGGAGUGUUAUCAGUGUUAUCCAAAUGAACCAAUGAGGUGUGCCAAAGUGGUACAAGCUUUUCAAGAGUGUGUGGAUAUGAAGAGAACCUGUUUACUGGCUAGCAGGGGCUGAAUAGUGAAUUAAUACUUUCAUUUAGAAGCAAUGUUUAGGUUGGUUUAUUAUUUGUAAAUAUGAUGAAACAAUAAAUUUUUAUUUGAUUUUCUUAUUUGAUGAACUAAACUACCUUUAUAGAGAAAUUAAACUUAUGAACUAGUAUUUGUGUAAGUCUACCUACAAUUGUAUUAUUGAAUCAAAUAACAGAGAAGCCUUUCAGAAGUGUGUGGGUAUGAGAGGGAUCCUUUUUAUUGAAACAUGUAAAUAAAUCUACCAAUCAUUUUUUGUAAUUUUCAAUUUAAUCAAAAUAAGGAGAAGUUUGAACUACCUAUUUGAGGGAGGAAACUUAUGAACAAGAACAUGUGUCAGUCUACAAUUUUAUUAUUAAAUCAAAUAACAGAUGAGAAUAAUUACAUUCACUUUCUAAGAAAUCCUCAAUAACUCAGUGGGUUUCUUCAUAGCCAUCGGGCAAGGGGUUGGUGUGUGGGUUGUGGAACAAGGAAUGGUUUCCGUCUCCCCAUGGGAAUCUCUUUGUACGCACCCUCAAGUAAUCAUACUUGAUAAACUCAGGCUGAGUAUGGUGAGCAGCAUGCUCCUGGUGAGACAAGUAGCAGUUGACCCCGCAGAGGAUGAUAGAAGGGAACGCGACGAAGAAGGUGAGGUUCUUCCAGAUUUUGUAGCCCCCGUCAUGGCCCCCGGAGACAGCGGAGGGGCCCUCUAUUUGCACCGCCCUUCUGGCGCUGGUCUGCAGGAACCUGCGGAUGCUGUGGUUGAGGAGGUACGCCAUGGUUCGUGGCCCCUUCUUGUGUUAUGUAAUAUAAUUUUAAUUCUUGCUGGUGGACACACAAUCACACAAAUUAAUGAAGCAGAAUGAAGUUCGCGUAGCGUCUGACG